AUGGACCACGGACUCAACUUCAUCACAUCCUCGACAUUCUGCGUAAGUCCUACCACCGACGUGGAGCAUAUAUCCCUCGUAAACCUCCUCUAUGGGCUCAGUUUAUGUGGCAAGGACCUUUUCCCAGGUAUGUUAUUAUCCCCUGAAUCCCUCUGUCUUCCAUCCUGCCUCGUUGAUCCCUCUUCAUUCACGCAGCGUUCAACACUUUCCCCUCCAUUCCUCUCAUUAACCAAGCUUUCAUUCAGAGGCACACGCGUACACGAUUUUGACCUCAUCCAUAUCCACCACCUCACCAAGCUUUCCAUUCUCUUUUUGAAUAACACAGGAAUAGGAAACGAGGCUGGCACAUUGGCAAAUAGGGUGAAUGAGGAGAGGUGGGUUGUGGAUAUUGAGGUUCCGUGGACGCAUGCAGGACCCUAUCGUGCACUGCACUUCGACGCAAUUUAUCUGCGCAUGCGGACAGUAGCCGGGGUAUUGUGCUACCUGUUAACGUACGAGGAUCUAAGUACAAGUAGCAUUAGCGUUAAGUAUCUAAAUUCAGACACGGAUGUGGUGAUGACUGAGGUGGAGGGAAAAUAA